AUGGCGGCUAAACAGGCAGCUGAAAAGCUCAUUUCGGAACACCUUAUUGCCGUGUUCAGCAAGAGUUACUGCCCUUACUGCUCGCAGGCCAAGAGCGUCAUCGACAAGCUCGGACUCGACAAGAGCAAGGUCGGCAUCCUGGAGCUCGACCAGAUGGGAUCCGAGGGUUCUGAUAUCCAGGCUUAUCUCCAGGACAAGACAGGCCAGCGCACUGUGCCCAACAUCUUUAUCAACCAGAACCACCUUGGUGGCUGCUCCGACCUCCUCGACGCUCAGAAGUCCGGAAAGCUCCAGUCGCUCAUCAAGUAA